GACACGCCUAUGGCGACAUGAAGAAGGUGUCUCCCGCACCCGAGAUGGAGUCCACGCUGCCGACAUCCGACGCCCAGGAACCAAUACUAUUUGAUGAUCUGGCUAUAUAUUUUUCUCAAGAGGAAUGUGUAAGUGUGGACCCUGCCCAGAAGUCCCUUACCAGAGAGGCCACACAGGAGUGUUCUAACAAUGUGACCUUAAUGGGAGGGGAAAGCAACACUGAGAUUAAUGAGAUGUUAACCCUAGAGUCCCUGGAAAUUGAAGAGUUUUCCUUAGAAAAUUACUCCACUGCUGUACCCCUAGUCCAUUCACAAAGGUCCUCUGAGGAUGGAAUUGGAAUUCCUGAAAGGAAAAUAUCAGGUGGAACUCCCACUUACAAGAAAAAAUUAGUAAGUCUUUUAGUGACCAUUGAAAACCAUACCCCACUAGUAGAACUGUCUCAGUGUUUAGGUGUCAAAUCACUUUCUGAAAUUCUUGAAUUUCCCUGGGAAGAAGCCAAAGAGGAGUACAAAUGUCCUGAAUGUGACCAAAGCUUCAGUGAUACUUCAUAUCUUGCUUUGCAUCAGAAAAUUCAUUCAGGAGAGAAAAAGUAUAAAUGUGGUGACUGUGGGAAGACCUUCAAUCAUAGUGCCAACCUGAGGACCCACAAGAGAAUCCACACUGGUGAGAAGCCUUAUAAGUGUACCAAGUGUGGUACCACCUUCCGUCAGCAGUCACAUCUGUCCCGGCACAUGAACAGCCAUGUAAAGGAGAAACCCUAUACAUGUGGUAUAUGUGGGAGAGGUUUUAUGUGGCUCCCAGGAUUAGCACAACAUCAGAAAAGCCACACUGCUGAAAAACCAUAUGAAUGUGCUGAUCAUGGUAAGUCUCUUGCUCAGAAAACAAAUCUGGCUUUAUCAGAGAAUACACACACACCAGCAAUACCACAAUACCAGCACACUCAGUGCAUAAAGAGCUUCAAACAGUCUUCAUACCCUGCCCUCCCCGAGAAGAGCCACAAGGAAGAAACUGAACAGUAUAGUAUUGAUGACGAAAACUUUUUUUCAUUCUCCAGAUUCAAGCCCUUACAAUGUUCUGAAUGUGACUUGAAAUUUCCUUGUUUUUCCGAGCUUGUUUCUCAUCAGAACAUUCACAUAGAAGAAAAGCCCUAUAAAUGUGAAAUGUGUGCACAGCGUUUUGCUUUGGACUCAGAACUUGCAUGCCACCAGAAGAGCCACCGGCAAGAGGAUCCUUUUAAAUGUUCUGUUUGUGGGAAGAGUUUUAAAGCAAAUAUCCAUCUUGUUACUCAUAAGCGAACCCACAGGAAAAAAACCCUGUAAAUAUAGUAAGUUCUCAUUAAUACUUGGAAUUUUCAGUAUCUGUAUGAUAGAAAAUAGUGUUUAUGUGCCAAGCAUAGUGCUGAGCACUUUACACACAUUCCAUGUAAUGUUUAAUUCUCACCACAGCUUGAUGUAGGCAGUAUUUCUAGUUUAGAGUUGAGGAAGCAUAAGCAAUGUCACAUAGCUAACAAAUGAAGCUAGGAUUUGAACUCAGUUACUCAUCAAAUUCCAUUUGAACACACCAGGGAAACACGCAGGACUUUUUCAUUUUUUGUUUUGGUGGUGCUGGCUUUGCACUAAUGCUCUACCACUGAGCUAUAUCC